ACAAGGUGUCAUCACAUCCUGCAUGCAAAACCGUCAAGAGUUGAGCAAAGCCAACUGAUGAAGACGGCAGCUUCGUUCCCAACAAGAAGGUUAAAUACCAUACUUUGUUAAAUUCCAUACGUAACGUGGCAUGUUCUUUUUGUUUCUCGUAAUGUCACAUGUUCUUUGUGCCUGGUAAACGUGGCAUGUUCUUUGUGCCUGGUAAACGUGACUUGUUCCUGUUUCCCGUAAUGUGACAUGUCAUUUCUGCGCAGAUGGACCACGCGCCUCAAAGUGACGUUCAGGUUUCAUCCAUCGUUGUUGUGAAUAUUAUUUGGUGGAUGCUGAUGAUUGCAGGCAUUGGUUUGGGCGCCACUCAUGUUGACCUCUGCCCGGCGCAACCCAGAAUCCCCGUUUACCUGAUGGUCCUGGGAGUGGCCAGCCUCCUGGCGCUGUCCGCCACCUACUGCAGGUGCAUCUGGGAGGGCGGCGUGAUGAGCGCCGCCACCUGGCUUUGCAUGACGCUGCUGCACUUCUUCACUUUCUGCUGGUUCAUCGCAGGCACCCACUGGAUCUACACUAUGUAUCCACCCAACUACACACCCGGCGAGGCCGAGUACUGCCACAAAACGACGUACCAGUUUGCCUUUGUGGUCACCACGCUGCUGUGGGGCGGCAUUAGCAUCACCUUGUUCUGCGGCGCUUGCCUCCUCUUGUUCACAUGCUGCACCACAGUAACCGCAAGACGCAGACUGACACCCAGCCGCAGCACCUCCUACGGAACUGCUCCUCUUGCUGAAGCAGCACGUGGUGUCUGAUUCCAGCUCUGGGCCGCUGACGUGUGGAACCUUUUUGCUUUGUCCUACUAUUUGCUUGUUCUGGAUGUUGUUAAUGGCUGGUCCUAGUCCUUAAAAUAUGCAGAGGUGCCAACAUUUUGCUGAUCAAUUUCUAGCAAAAAUACCAUGCACAAAAAAUAAUAAUCAAGCCCAGAUGAAAAAUUGCACAACUAUCUUAAGAAGCUUCAAAGAAGGCAUCUGUCAGGUGUCGUCCUGUUAAGAAGACCCCCAUUACCGGACCCAGAGGGAUGCCCGCCUGCAACAUCUACACACCCUCGGGUGGGGUCUCCUUGUCAUGCCGGUAUCGUGGGAAGCCAUCAGGACCCUCAAGGUGACAACUUUUCUCACCAGAAAAACUUCCUGUCCACGCCCUAUGUUUGCUGCUCUCCUGUACAUUCCAAACUGGCCUUUGCCAUCGAGAUCAUGAAUCUGAUGUGUGUGAAUAUCUAUUUUAAUAUUUAUUUUGCACCUACUUUUCAACUGCUCUUAAACUUUUCAUCAGCAAUGAACUGGAAAAUAAUUUAUUUACGGUUUCAAAUCAGAGCAACAAAAUUAUGCUCUUAAUAUAAAUAAACGUAUCUUUUUCAUUACAAUUGUAAUUGUAACAACACAUACCUCUUCCAAAGGGUUUUUCAUCAAAUUGGAGC